AUUGGUGAAGCAGGUGUCACAUGAACUAUUGUAUUUAGCGAGAUUUAAAACACAUAACAUCGUUGUUAAUUUUCUCUCAAACACAGUUAGUUGUGUUUAUCUCUCGGAGUCUAAAAUAAAAUGGCAGAAGCUAAUGUUUUCUGGGCUAAGAAUCAGUUCAUCUGUUCAGUCUGUCUGGAACUCCUGAAGGAGCCAGUGACCAUCCCCUGUGGACACAGUUACUGUAUGAGCUGCAUUACUGACUGCUGGAAUCAAGAUGAGCAGAGGAGAGUUUACAGCUGCCCUCAGUGCAGACAAACCUUCACUCCAAGACCUGCUUUAAACAAGAAUGUGAUGUUUGCUGAAAUUGUGGAGAAACUGAAGAUGACAAAAGACCUAAAAGUUGAUCCUGCUCCCAGUUAUGCUGAAUCUGGAGAUGUGGAGUGUGAUGUUUGUACUGGGAUGAAGUACAAAGCUGUUAAAUCCUGUCUGAUGUGUCUGAACUCUUAUUGUCAAACUCACCUUGAACAACAUGACAGUUUCUUUAAAGAUAAGAGACAUCAUUUAAUCAAUGCCACUGGGCGACUGAGAGAGAUGAUCUGCUCUAAACAUGACCGACUGCUGGAGGUGUACUGUCGGACUGACCAGAAGUGCAUUUGUUUACUGUGUACGAUGGAUGAACACAAAAAUCAUGAUACUGUUUCAGCUGAAGCAGAGAGAGCUGAGAAACGGAAACCCUUGGGGGGCGUUCAAAGAAAAUUCAUCCUGAGAAUCAAGGGAAAACAGAGGCUGCUAAAUCGGCUAAAAGAGGCUGUGGAAACUCAUAAGAGCUCUGCACAGACAGCAGUGGAUGACUGUGAGAGGAUCUUCACUGAACUCAUCCAGUCCAUUGAGAGAAGACGAUCUGAGGUCACGCAGAUGAUCAGAGAUCGAGAAAAGACUGAAGUGAGUCGAGCUGAAGGACUCUUGAAGAAACUGGAGCAGGAGAUUGAAGAUCUGAAGAGGAGAAACACUGAGCUGGAGCAGCUUUCACACACUGAUGAUCACAUAUAUUUCUUACAGAGUAUCCCGGUUCUCUCUGUUCCUCCUGCAUCCUCAGACAUCAGUGUCAGUUCUUGCCACUCUUAUGAUGAUGUGGGUAAAUCCAUCUCAGUGCUAAGAGAGAAACUUGACGACCUUUGUAAAAAGGACAUACAAAUAAUGUUUGGUAAAGUUACAUACAUGGAGAUUGUUGCCUCGUCUGGACUCAAAACAAGAGAUGAGUUCUUGCAAUAUUCCUGUCAUCUCACCCUGGAUUCUAACACAGCACAUAAAUAUCUCCGUCUGUCUGAAGGAAACAGAGUGGCUACUUUUAUUGGAGCUGACCAGAGUUACCCCGCUCACCCGGACAGAUUUCAUGACUUUUCCCAGGUGUUGUGCAGAGAGAGUGUGUGUGGACGCUGUUAUUGGGAGGUGGAGUUGAGCGGGGAGGAUGGAGUGGGAAUAUCAGUCUCAUAUAAGAGCAUCAGAAGAAAAGGAGAGAGUAAUGAUUGCGUGUUUGGAUACAAUGAUCAGUCCUGGAGAUUGUCCUGCUCUAACUCCAGUUAUAAAUUCAGACACAAUAGCAAUGUUGUUGAUCUCCCUGUAUCUUCCAGUUCCUCCAAAAUAGGAGUGUAUGUGGAUCACAGAGCAGGAAUUCUGGCCUUCUUCAAUGUCUCUGACACAAUGAGCCUCAUCCACAGAGUCCAGACAACAUUCACUCAACCGCUCUAUCCUGGGUUUGGGAUUAAUUUUGGAUCAACAAUGAAACUUCUAUUGUUGAAGUCCUUAUGAUUUAUAGGGUAAUAUAGAAAUCCUAAUGAAUAAUGCAGAUAGGAAAUGUGGUUAACAGCUUCCUCUAUCUUAUCUUUUUGGGUAUUAUCAUUUCAAUCCACGCGUUAUUUUUUCUUUAAAUGAAAUUAGUUUAAUGAGCUCAUUAAAUAUCUCACAUAACAAUACAGGGGAACCCUAUUGGAUCUCUUUUCCUUUUGUUGUAAUUGUAAUUAAACACAAUCCCGUAGGAGCUACUGAUGCUUAGACACAGUUCACACAACACAUACAAGCAAUAGAGCUGUUUCCUUUUUAAGAAGAGAAGGGUUGUUUCUCCUUUAAGAAGAGGGGGUUAGGAGUUUUGAGAGUUUUGAAAGUGAGUGAAACCUGCCUCUGUGCAUUUUUGUUAGCACAACAUCUGCAAUCCAGUGAAUGUGUAAGAAUUAGGUUCGUAUAAGGUCUGAAUUGUGUAUUAAAUAUAAAUGUGCUGUCAAAACAUAAUUCAAAAUAAUGCAUAAUUAUUUUGAUUGAUUGGGGCUUCACGGUGGCGCAGUGGAUAGCACGAUCGCUGCACAGCAAGAAGGUUGCUGGUUCGAGUCUCGGCUGGGUCAGUUGGCAUUUCUGUGUGGAGUUUGCAUGUUCUCCCUGUGUUGGCGUGGGUUUCCUCAGGGUGCUCCGGUUUCCCCCACAAGUCCGAAGACAUGCGCUAUAGGUGAAUUGGGUUAGUUAAAAAAUUGUGUGUGAAUGAGUGUGUAUGGGUGGAUGUUUUUCCAAUGAUGCGUUGCAGCUGGAAAAAAGGGCAUCUGCUGCAUAAACAUAUGCUGGAUAUGUUGGUGGUUCAUUCCGCUGUGGCGACCCCAGAUUAAUAAAAGGACUAAGCCAAAAAGUAAAUGAAUGAAUGAUGAUUGGGGCAUUUCAUGCAAUAUUACACAAAGCAUGUACAAUAGGCCUGCCUACAUAAUAUUUUGGACAGCUUAAAUGAAAAGCAUUAUAGAUUAAAUCCAGAGAUCAUCAAAUCACCUUCAUCCCAAUAUAAUCACAGCAAUUUAUUGCAGAACAUUAUAAAAUUGUCUUAUUGGACACCAAAGAAACGUUUUCUCUUAAUAAGUUAUCCUCAAGUCCCAAUUGCAGCAGCAGGUUGGAACAUUUAUACAUAUGGUGUGUGAAUGUGAGAAGGGGGAUGAGUUUUGAGAAAAAAAACUUUAUUAUAGGAAAAGAUAUACCAGUGCAACCAGUUGUGCUAAUUUUAAAUGAUGUUUGCAGUUUGGGUUUGACGGAGCGACAAAGAAAGGUCUGGUUGGCAGGACUAACAUCUGCAAAAAAGAUAAUUGCGCAAAGAUGGCUCACUCCGCAUUCUUAAUUUAUUCAGUAGUGGCUAUUUCUGUUUUGAAAUAUAGUAUUGUUAGAACUUUCAACAGCCAGAAUAAAUAAAGCUAGGGCCUCAACUCUUGAUGCGUGGAAAACGGCUGCAGACAAACUGGCAGAGAGACUCAUGGAUGAUAUAAAUGAAUGUGCAACAACCUGAAUCUUUAACUCUCUGAUAGUCUGCGUGAAUUUUUACUUUAUUUAGUUUAUUACUAUGUUUGGAUGUAAAUAUGUAUGUGUGUGUACGUAUAUGGGUAGAUAUAUAUAUAUACAUACAUGUACAGUUGAAGUCAGAAUUAUUAGCCCCCCUGUUUAUUUUUUUCCCCAAUUUCUGUUUAA